GACCAAUGGGUCCAUGAAUGCAUCAAAGUGUCCACAGAUUGUCAUUCUUCGGCACAAAUGAGUCCAACAUUUGCCACUCGUUUGCAAUGAAAUGACGUAAUGUUUGGACGACUCGUGCGUUGAAUGCAAACAUUGAUCGAGAAGUGAAUGAAUGAAUGAAUGAUUGUUUAUGUCUUGUGGUGAACCACUCACUCAUGAGGUGAGAGACAAUGUAUUUGAACUCUUCUCAGAUGAUCGCCAAUCACUUCCGUACGCAUACUCUGUUGAGACAACGCCUGCAGUCGCUCAACACGAAUGGCAACCAACUCUUCGGCAGACAUCAUAUGGUGACAAAUGGGCGACAAAAUGGUCAGUCGUUUUGGGACUCAAUUCGCGAAGAGUUGAACCAAAAGGUGAUACUCUUUAUGGCACUCCUGAGGCAACAGUCAAACGUUUACAUGAGUUUAAGACUGCGAAGAAUGGCUCAGAUCUGUGGCCUCUAUAACCGUAUUUACAGCGAAUCCGCAGUCAAUCAACUCAUGUCCCAAAUGCUGGUCCGCCUCAGAGCCCGGGCUUUGACUUCAUUACGCAAUCGCUUCUCCGGUAACAAGAAGUCCAAGGAUUCGCUCAAAUGUCUCAUGUCUGCCGUCUGUGGGCUCUUCUGUUGGGACAGUCAGCGCAUCACUGAUGGAGACCUCAAGCAAACCAUUACUGACUUCGAGAGCGUCCAAAGAGUCGGUGCCACGAAUCGCAUCCAAAUGAAUGACAUCCCGAAGAGCACAUCGUUUUCAGUUUCGGCCGAAACUCGCGAUUUGAAUGAUGAGAGUGAGGCUCAAUGGGAGGCCGUUAUUAUGAGGGAUGACUUCAAACUGUGGCGCAAAGCAGUUGCCAACACUUCUCUCUAUCAAUACAAAGUUUUUGGUACUUUCAAUGACAUACCGGCGCGAUCUUUCUAUAGGGUUCAGAUGGACACAGAAUACCGCAAGAGAUGGGAUAAACUGGUUAUCAAACUCGAUAUUAUCGAAAGGGAACCCUUUGUCACUGAUAGGGAUCAGCUAAACAGUGAAGACUCUGGAAAUGAAGUUUUACAUUGGAUUAUGAAAUACCCGUAUCCGAUGAAUACCAGAGAUUACGUAUACUUACGGCGGUCUCGGAUUGAUAUGAAGGAAAACCUAAUGGUUUUGGUCUCGAAAUCCAUUGAAUACCCUGCACUGCCGGAAUGCACACAACACGUCCGUGUGGUUGACUACUCGUCCCAAAUGGUGAUCAAACCGCACACCACUUUCGAUGAGUGCGGCUUUGAUUAUUUGCUCACAUAUUUUGAUGACCCGAGAGCUGCCUUUCCAUCGCCGGCCUAUAACUGGAUGGCUGUCAGCGGUGUUCCCGACUUUGUAGAGAAACUACAUUUGGCUGCACUUCAGUUGUAUAGCUCUAGUAAUCAUAAGUCAAACAAACAUAACUCGUGUAACACUUUCAAUGGUUCCACGCAUUCGUCCUCUGAAUGCAUUUACGCCUGAAUUGAUGCAAACAUUUUGAAUUGAAAUCUAAUUUUUAUUUUUCUGACAAAUAUAUCUUACAUACAAUUACUUGUUAGUGAUAUUAAUAACACAAAUAU